AUGAACCCCGCGCAGCUCCCCAUUAACGACCAACUCACCUACUUCAGAACCGCCGUCUCAACCAACAAGACCCUCCUCACCGUUCUCUCUCGCGCUGCAUCCCUGCAUCUGCCAAACUGGUAUCUUGCGGGCGGCUCCAUCUCCCAGACAAUAUGGAACUACAUGUCUGGCCUGCCAGCCGAGCACGGCAUCAAUGACUACGACCUCGUGUACCACGACGCCUCCGACUUGUCGUAUGAGGCAGAAGACGCCGUGAUCCAAAGCGGCAAGACGCUCUUUGCAGACAUACCCGUCGAGGUUGAGAUUCGCAACCAAGCACGCGUUCACCUGUGGUAUGGACCGAAAUACGGAAUCCCAUGUCCGGAGCACAAGUGCACAGAGUCCGCUAUUGAGCAGUGGCUGACGACGAGUGCCAUGGUGGGUAUCCAUGUGCGUGAGGAUGGCGAGUGGGAUGUUUUUGCGCCAAGGGGGUUUUCGGACUUUUUCAACCUGGUCGUGAGACCGCAUCAGGCGUUGGGGACGAAGGAGGCGUAUGAGAAGAAGGUGAGGCGGUGGAGGGGAAACUGGGAUAAUUUGGCCGUGAUUCCGUGGGCGGAUGAAUUGAAGCGGCCUGCGAAUUGA